CAUUGACCAGUUUAUGUGUUUCUUUCUGGAAAGUAUGAAAGCCUGCUCUACUUUGGUCCGUCAUUGUUUCAUUAUUCUGGUCUGCUUUGGGAUUUCAAUGACACUUUACAAGGAAAAUUAAGGGCGUAUCCUAGCAACCGGGGAUUUUAAAGCACUUCAAAAAGGGGAAAGACUAUAUAUUGGGCUAAAACACCAGCUAAUGAUCUUCAGGAUGAUGGGAGCACAUAAACGACAAGUCUGAGCUACUGAACGGCGCAUUUAAAAAUGAAACAGAUGCAGAUCUAAGGAGAGGUGCUUCCAACACUUUAAGGUAAUUUUGAUAAUGGAGCAGGUCAUCAAGGACACGGUAAACAUCACCACAGCGGUGCAGGGAACAUUACUGGUGUUGACAGGAACAUUACUGCUGAUAUUGCUACAUAGAAUAUUUGGAACCAAGAACUGGAAGAACCAAUCAGCUGUCCCAGGUCCUGGCUGGUGGUUGGGUCUCGGUCCAAUUCUGAGCUACAGCAGGUUCCUGUGGAUGGGGAUCGGCACCGCAUGCAACUACUACAACAAAAAAUAUGGCAGCAUUGCUCGCGUUUGGAUCAAUGGAGAAGAGACCUUUAUACUUAGCAAGUCCUCUGCCGUGUAUCAUGUUCUGAAGAGCAACAAUUACAUUGGGAGGUUCGGAAGUACAAAAGGUCUGGAGUGCAUCGGCAUGUUCGAACAAGGCAUCAUCUUCAACAGCAACAUCGCACUGUGGAAGAAAGUGAGAACAUAUUUCACCAAAGCUCUUACAGGUCCGGGUCUCCAGAAGUCAGUAGAUGUGUGUGUCAGCGCAACCAAAAAACAGCUUGACGUCCUGCAGGAGUUCACAGACCACUCAGGACACGUGGACGUGCUCAAUCUUCUACGAUGUAUCGUUGUGGACGUUUCCAAUAGACUCUUCCUAAGAAUCCCUCUCAAUGAAAAAGACUUGCUGGUAAAGAUCCACCGGUAUUUCAGUACCUGGCAGACGGUUCUCAUACAGCCAGAUGUUUUCUUCAGACUAAACUUUGUGUACAAAAAAUACCACCUGGCAGCAAAAGAGCUGCAGGAUGAAAUGGGAAAGCUUGUGGAGCAAAAGCGACAAACUAUCAAUAACAUGGAGAAGCUGGAUGAGAUGGACUUUGCAACGGAGCUGAUAUUUGCUCAGAACCACGACGAGCUGUCUGCGGACGACGUGAGGCAGUGUGUGCUGGAGAUGGUGAUCGCCGCUCCAGAUACCCUCUCCAUCAGCCUGUUCUUCAUGCUUCUCCUGUUAAAGCAGAACUCUGUUGUGGAGGAGCAGAUCGUACAGGAGAUACAGUCUCAGAUAGGUGAGCGGGAUGUAGAGUCGGCCGAUCUGCAGAACCUGCCCGUUCUAGAGCGUUUUAUCAAAGAGUCCCUGAGGUUUCAUCCAGUGGUGGACUUUAUCAUGAGACGGGCUCUGGAGGACGACUACAUCGAAGGCUACCGAGUGGCGAAGGGGACUAACCUCAUCCUAAACAUCGGACGCAUGCACAAGUCAGAGUUCUUCAAAAAACCCAAUGAGUUCAACUUGGAGAACUUUGAGAACACCGUUCCCAGUCGUUUCUUCCAGCCGUUCGGCUGCGGUCCCCGGGCCUGCGUCGGGAAGCACAUCGCUAUAGUGAUGACGAAGGCCAUUCUGGUGACCAUGCUGUCAAGGUUCACAGUUCGUCCGCGUCACGGCUGCACCGUCAGCACCAUCAAACAGACCAACAACCUCUCCAUGCAGCCCGUGGAAGAGGAUCCCGACUGCCUGGCCAUGCAAUUCAUCCCACGAGCUCAGAAUAUCAGUGGAGAAACGACAGACAACCACACCUGAACACCACACGCAAACAACCUAAGAAAAAAACAGGAAUGAAAACGUUUAAAGGUGUGCUAAUUAAUUUUCUUUCACCUAAUUUUUUCCCUUAAUAAACACAAAUUUAAGAUGAACUUACCUUAAACUCAACACUGCACCAGUCAGCCUGUGCUAACACCAUACAGACAUCCUUGACCAAAACAUAGACAUAUCAUGACUUGGUGCACUUUUAAAGUGUUCUACGUUUGUAGUUUAUGCUGACAUAAAUAAUGGCAAUGACAAUAAAAAACAACAAAAAACUGUUUUGGCACGUGUACUCAUCUAUCGCACUUCUAAAGUUUGCUGUUGUGCUGCAUCCAAAAUAACCAACUACGAAGGUAACACAAAAUGGUAUUCGCAACCCAUUUUGCUUCCAUAAUGUGACGCGUUUAAACUACAUUUAAUGAUGAAAGAACAUUUUAUUUACUGGAAUUGACUGUAUUGUGACAAGUAAAUGCUAGAGACCAGAAUGGAGGGAGGUGCUGAAAAAUAAGGUCUUUGAGAUGUCAAAAUAGCAUGUUGCAUCAGAAGUGAAGCAAGUUGUUAUAUUUUUAUGAAAGAUUAUGAAGACAAACAUUUUCUUUGGAAUAAUGUGCAGGUAAUCAUUUAAAAUAUGAAAAGGAACACUUUACAAAAAGUAAACAGGGUCUGUUUUCAUUUCAUAUUUUUUCAUAAACAUAAUCUACAGUAGUCUACGGUUUGAGGUUGAUUGUAUUACAUAACUGAGAAUUUUCUAUUAAAUAGUAGGAAAAUAUUUAAUAGAAUUAAUACUAGAAAUAAAAUUGAAUAGACACUUGAAAUAUUUCUAUUAUUAUGAAAAUAAAUAAUUGAUCGCCAUGGAAAACUACUGUUUUAUGCUUGU